GGGAGAGGAGACACAAGGGAGCGUCCUGUCGUGCUGGGCUGGAACAGGAUCCAGGGAGCUUCUGGAGACUUCGGAGGUGCGCAACCGUGCGAGGGGAUUGCGUGUGAAAUAAACUCCACGCGCAGCAUCGGUGGAGAGUAACAUAUAUAAGUGUUACUCUUAGACUCCUUGACAUCAGAUCCAACACAUCUUCACAUUUCUACAAUUUACAAGAGUCACAACAACAAAGCAACGCAUUCUCAACAUGUCUUCUUCCAACGAGCCCAACCAGACCACCGGUAACUACCACUCCAUCAAGGGACAGGUCGUCGAGGGUGUCGGAAACCUGACCGGUUCUACUGAGUGGCAAACCUCCGGCAAGAAGGAGCACAGCGAGGGUGAGGCCGAGAUCAAGGCCGCCCAGGCCAAGGGCUACGUCGAUGGUGCCGCCGACCAGGUCACUGGCUACAAGGACUCAGUGGUGGGGGCCUUGACUGGGGACAAAACCAAACAGACCGCCGGCAACGUUCAGCAAGAGGCAGGCAAGGCACAGAAGGAGGCUAACUCCUAA